AUGUCGACGCUUACUCGUACAUUCAGGAACCUCUGGAGGAUUGGCCUCAAGGACUACGGCCACCAAAUGCAGUACAUUGGUGACACCAAAGCCGGAACCUUGAUCGCAACCGACCGUUUCGGAAACAAAUAUUACGAAAACCUUGAGGAGGAGCUUCCGCUUCGUACUCGAUGGGUCGAUUACAAAGAGAAGGAAUUUGAUCCAUCUCACAUAGAGCCUGGCUGGCAUGCAUGGAUAUCUUACAUGGUUGAUGCUCCCCCAACAACCGACAAACUUUUGCAGACCGGUGUACGCACGUGGGAAUUGCCAGAACACCGUGCAAACGUGACCUUGUCUCGCGGGGCUUUCAAAACAUACUCGACCGUACGCCCUAAGUACUCUGCUUGGCAGCCAGUUGCUGCUUCCCGAUAG